AAUCUGUCAUCAACAUGGUCCUCAGAGGAGAGUUUGCCUUGGUUGUCAUCUCAUUGACCCUUUUAGUCUCCAUCAACAUGGUUGGUGCCAGCAGUAUACCCAUGAGAGGAGGCUGUUUCCGGUUGUCCUCGGAGAUUCCAGUGUUCCGUCUGCAGGGCGAGGCAGUGGUCCUGAGAUGCUCUUUUUUGGAGCGAUACCUCUUCAGACAGGGCUUCUCCCAGGAUGAGGGUGCCAUGCGCUACCUCAGGGUUGAUGGUGCCGGCCGGGAGGACUCCAUCCCCAUGGCGGAGGGGCUGAGGGUGCAGGAACAGACACGCCGUCUGUGGUUCCUGCCCGCUCAGGCCGCUGACUCCGGGACUUACUCCUGUGUCUUCAGAAAUGCUUCCUACUGCUGUGCUUCAAACAUUACGCUCCAAGUGUAUGAAGCAAGACAGCCUCACCUGGAUAACAUAUCCUACCCCAUGUUUGCUUUCCAUGGCCGAAAUAUGAAGCUCAGCUGUCACCAUAUAAAUGAAUUUAACAUCAGCGGGAACCUGAAGUGGUAUAAGGAGGCCACUGCUAUUGCCCUUUCCACAAACAGGACUCGUUAUCACAGAGAAACCAACACGUCGCUCACCAUUCAAAACGUGGCCACGACAGACGAGGGAACGUACACGUGCCGGCUGCAGAUAGUCUUCAACACCACGGAGUACACCGUCUCCAGGGUCAUCAAGCUUAGCGUGAGAGCACCUGAACGCAGAGGCACUUUACCAAGUGUCAAACCCACAGCCUCUUUACCAAGUGUCAAACCCACAGCCUCUUUACCAAGUGUCAAACCCACAGCCUCUUUACCAAGUGUCAAACCCAGCCACAGCUCUGUGAAGUUGGAGAGACUUCGGCCUAAAAUUAUUGCUCCAGUAAAUGGCACCAUCUUCCAAACUGCUUUUGGAUCAGGUCUUUUGAUAAUGUGCGCGGUCUCAUCUGGGAACCAAUCAGCAGACUCCACAGAGGUCACAUGGUUGCUAAAUGGUCAGACUGUGUCGGAGUCCUUCCUGGGUGGUCGUGUUUUAUUGGGAGAGAAAAGGGUUACUGCAGCGGAUGGGGUCAACUACAUUGAGCUGAGGCUGAUAUUCCUGGAGGUAUCUGAGGAAGACACCAUGGCAGAGAUAAAGUGUGUCGCUCAGAACCCCAGAGGAAGAGAAGAGGUGGUGGUUCAGGUCAGACUGGGAGAUUCCCUAUUCACAUGGCUCAUAGUGGCAGCUGCAGGGACUAUUUGUUUCCUAACAGUGGUGUGUCUGAUCCUCUGCCAGCUCCUCAAAUCCAAACAAAAGGUCAAAGAUUACAUCCUGGCAAGGCAGGACAGCACCUUCUGAAAACCUAGUACUGCACUGCCUGCUCCUCCUGAUUAUGAAUUACAGUUAUAACUCUACUGGAUACAAGAAAAAACAGUGACAAACUAUGCCCAAUGUGCUUGAAGCCAGUAAUUGAGAGAGGACUGAAAGGGUGUUUAACAGCCAGGACAAUCACGCUGAAGGCCUCUUUAACCGGACAACUUCACGGGGACUGGCCUGAAAUUAGGGUCCCUGGAGCAAUGA